AUGGGAGGAUUUUCAAGAAAAGGUGGAGAUGUUGAAAAUGCCAACAAUGGCCAACUCUAUCCGGGGAUGAUGGAAAAUCCACAGAUGAGAUGGGCUUUUAUCAGGAAAGUUUACGUGCUUUUAUGCAUGCAAUUGCUUUGCAGCUUUGCUGUGGGGAUGGUGAUGUUUUUCAACCCUACCAUCAAACAUUUUCUGAUAGCAAAUCCACUUGGCUGGGUCUUCAUCCUUGUGGCUUGCAUUCUCACCCUCAUAUCAUCUUUGUUGAUGAGCUGCUUUGGCAAUAAACAUCCAUGGAACUACGUGUUAGCGCUUCUCUUCACCCUGUCCAUGUCAUUCAUGAUUGGAGUGGCUUGCGCCUAUAGAAGAGGUGAAAUUGUCUUGCAAGCUGCUGCUCUAACGGUGCUGGUGACUGCUGGUCUUACCCUCUACACAUUCUGGGCAGCAAAAAGAGGCCAGGAUUUUAGCUUUUUGGGGCCAUUCUUACUCUGCGCCCUUCUGGUGCUCAUUGCUUUUAGUGUUAUUCGAAUCCUCUUUCCCAUGGGAAGAUUAGGGUCACUGAUAGCUGGAUCUGCAGCAGCGCUGGUGUUUAGUGGUUUCCUGAUAUACGACACUGACAACCUGAUCAAGCGUUUUGACUAUGAUGAAUACCUCCUAGCUGCAACUGCACUUUAUUCUGACAUCGUUAAUCUAUUUUUGGCAUUCUUAAGUAUCCUUGACGGUGAAUAA